AUGGCAGAGCUGGCAGCGGGAAGCCUGCCGUUGGGAGACCCGGCCUUUAACUACCAGGAACACGAGCUGACCGAGCGGCUGAAGCGGCUCUACCCGGCUGUGAACGAGGAAGAGACCCCUCUGCCCCGCUCCUGGAGCCCCAAGGAUAAGUACAGCUACAUCGGGCUGUCACAGAACAACCUGCGGGUCCAUUAUAAAGGUCACGGAAAGAACCACAAAGACGCAGCAUCAGUGCGAGCUACACACCCAAUCCCUGCUGCCUGUGGGAUCUACUACUUUGAAGUCAAGAUUGUCAGCAAAGGUCGAGAUGGGUACAUGGGCAUUGGCCUGUCCGCCCAGGGAGUCAACAUGAACCGACUGCCUGGAUGGGACAAGCACUCAUACGGUUACCACGGAGAUGACGGCCACUCCUUCUGCUCCUCCGGGACUGGCCAACCAUACGGCCCCACAUUCACCACGGGCGACGUGAUUGGCUGCUGCGUUAACCUCAUCAAUAACACUUGCUUUUACACCAAAAAUGGCAUCAGUUUAGGUGUAGCCUUCACAGACCUCCCUCCCAACCUGUACCCCACUGUGGGCCUCCAGACACCGGGCGAGAUCGUAGACGCUAACUUUGGCCAGCAGCCGUUUGUGUUUGACAUCGAGGACUACAUGAGCGAAUGGCGAGCCAAGAUCCACGGCAUGAUCGCUCGCUUUCCCAUAGGAGAGAGGCUGGGAGAGUGGCAGGCCGUCCUGCAGAAUAUGGUGUCCAGCUACCUGGUGCACCAUGGGUACUGUGCCACCGCAACAGCCUUCGCCAGAGCCACAGAGACCCUGAUACAAGAGGACCAGACGUCUAUAAAGAACAGACAGAGAAUACAAAAGCUGGUGCUCGCAGGACGCGUGGGCGAAGCCAUAGAAGCUACUCAGCAACUUUACCCCGGCCUGUUAGAGCACAACCCCAACUUACUAUUCAUGUUGAAGUGUCGUCAGUUUGUGGAGAUGGUGAACGGGACAGACAGUGAGGUUCGCUGCUUGACCAUUCGCUCCCCGAAGUCCCAGGACAGUUACCCCGGCUCCCCCAGCCUCAGCCCCCGUCACGGAGCCAGCAACACACACCUGCAAACCGCAGGAGGGGAAAGCCCUACCUGCAGUAACGGGGUGACUCCUCCCAGUAAGUCAAAGAGCCACGGUGGCGCAGGUAGCAGCAGUGUCAAAUAUCCCAGCGCGUCCUCUUCUGCAUCCUCAUCCACCUCCUCCUCCCCUUCCUCAGUCAACUACUCUGAGUCCAACUCCUCCGAUUCCACCAAGCCACACAGCGCCAACAGCAACCAGGAAACCAGUGACAGUGAGAUGGAAAUAGAAGCAGAGCACUAUACCAACGGGGUUGUUGAAGGCUCCUCUGCGCGGAUCAUGAAUGGCACAUACAAACACGAAGAGAUCCUUCAGCCAGACGACAACAGCAUCGGCAAUGGGGUCACAGCAGAUGAGGGUUGUAGUAAUGGCAAACAGCUUUGUGGAGGGAACCAGGCGGCCACAGAGAGGAUGAUCCAGUUUGGACGGGAACUGCAGACACUCAACGAACAGCUGUGCCGCGAGUACGGCAAAAACGCCACGCACAAGAAGAUGUUACAGGAUGCGUUCAGUCUGUUAGCGUACUCCGACCCGUGGAACUGCCCCGUGGGUCAGCAGUUAGAACCCACGCAGAGAGAAACACUCUGCUCUGCACUCAACAGCGCCAUACUGGAGUCUCAGAACCUGCCUAAGCAGCCUCCGCUGAUGUUAGCGCUGGGCCAGGCCACAGAGUGUGUUCAGCUCAUGGCCCGAGUCCGGUCUGGUUCCUGCUCUUUCGCCAGAGUAGACAACUUUUUGCACUAGCCCCGGUCCAGGUUAAUGUUAAGUAGCACUGAGAGAAGGCAUGUCCAGCAGGUAGUUGUCAUGGCGACGGAGGAAAGAGCAUGCGUGUGAUUGGUGUGUUUGGCUGUCCUUCAGACCGAAUCAGCGGCACCGACAGAGGAGCAGAGGAGAACGUGACAGAGAGAGAAGAAAGCUUCCUUUUAAUUUAGUAUUAUCAAACAAAGAAAUGUGUGACACUAUUUAAAGAUAAUUAAUUAUUAUUCUGUUUAUCUAGCCUUUCUUUUUUUUUUUUUUGUUCUUUUUUUGUCAGUUUGUUGUGCUCAUCCUGGACAAAGACUAAAUUGUAAAACCCCCUUAUUUUAUUCUUCUGUUUUAAAGGGUGGAUUUUGAUUCCCUACAAUCAGUAUUUUACUCACGUUGUUGUUGUUGUUCACCAUAUCACAGUCCACAAUACUCACAGCUGGUUACCACGGUGACCCUCACGACUGUAGGUCACCAUAACAAAACCUGAAGUAUAUUACAUCAUCUUUAAUAAAAAUGUAGAAGACAGACCGACUCUGCAGCGCAGCCUUUUAUUCCCCUGAAAUAUCCACCGAGAGGUGCAUUCAUGUCUUUAAAACCAGGCUGAGCGAACAAGUCCUCAGCAUGAAAAACACCUCUGAUUGUGUGGAGGUGGUCAAGGCCGAUGCAGCUGAGUAGUAAACACUAACACGACAGAAAAGGGACUGAUGUCACACAGAAGUGAGCAGCGAGUCAUUUGGAAAAGUUGGAAAUACGGAAUUUGGUGCUGUGUUUCGUUAGUCGACCAAACCUGAAAACAUCACCUGUGUAGGAAACAUAAUUGCUUUGUGGCAAACCCUGCCAGUCACCAGGGGGAAAGGGCGACGACGAGGGAUUAAAUUGGAUUAUUCGAGGUGUCGAGGCCGUAGAUUUUGCCGGAACUACCACAGUUGGCAGAGCUCGGCCUCGGCUGCACCCACAACACCUGCUCUCAGAAAUGAGCCUAACACUAUUAUCAUGGUCACCUUGAUGCCAGCGUAAAGAAAAUCAGAAUCAAAGACUAACAAGCCCAGUGUGUGUACGGGUAGAAUUCAAGUCGCCCCAGGGGUCUGUUCUUUAAUAUCAUCCCCAGUCUGACUCGCUCUGUGCAUGUGCUGCCGCAAUUAGAGCCUAACAAGAAGUAAAAAAAACAGGAAGCCUUUUAAUUUCACACUGACUUUGAGAGAAUUAAAGCACAGUGUCUGUUUAGUUUCAAUCUCAACCAUCUAUACUAAGAUGGAUGACGCGUCUGCACGUCCUCCGACUCGUAUCCAGAAAUAUGGCCAAAAUAUCCCGGCACCAGGAGACAAUCACGGUCGUCACACAAAUACAAAUAUGAAGCAAAUAUCGCAGGUAUUCACGAACUCGACGCGAAGUCACGCUAUGAUUUUCCACUGAAACAUUUGCGUACAGGUGAUUUAUUAGGACCUAGUCAAGUCUAAUGUUAUUUACAAUAUGUAGCAUAAAACCACAAGAUUGCCCCAGAAUGUUUUUCCCCCCUGUUCGAUAACGAGACGAAGGGAAAGAGGAUGAUUGUGUUGUUCCGGUUCGCUGCUGGCCGCUAUGAGAUUUACAAAGAAGUCGUCACACAGGUUUGAAUUGUAGAGCCACUGUAACAAAACUACCAAAAACCUAAAGUACAUCAAACACAGCUGAAGCCUCUUGUGUGAACCACUCCUCACUGUCAGAGUAUUCAAUAUUAAAUAGAGAAAUUAACAAGACGUCAAAUACUUUGAACCAAUACAUGGAUUCAUUAUAUUAAUUUCUCUUAAAGCCCUUUUAACCUCCAGCUCCUCUCGACUACACAACAUCUCGUCAGCCGGGAUUUGUUACCCGGCAUCAAAGUGAAAAGUAUAGACUGUGAAUAAAGAUGUUUUACACGUCUCCACUUCCUCCCAGUGUACAAACGUGAAGCCAAAAUAUCCGAGAUAUAGGUGCUGCCAUCUGCUAACAUGGAGGAGGCGAAGUUUAUUCCCUAUACUGCAGUCGAGAUACUUUGGCUUCACUUUCAGGGGCUUCUCAUGUCGUCCAUCUUUAUCUACAGUCUAUGAGGAACAGGGUCAGACCAGCAGGAGCCGGCUGGCCGUGAGUUCAGAAUUUAUAAUUAGAUGAAUUUAUUCUUUUAAAUGAUCCUUUUAACAAUUAUUGUAUAUUAACUUCCUUGGGUUGGUGUUUCUGAAUAGAUUGUGGUUCAUAGUAAAAUUACAACUCUGACUCCACCGCUUCAAUUUACAUCCUUAAUCGGGUUUUGAUAUAAAAAUGUGAUUUUUAUAAAACCUUUGUUUAAACCUCCCCCACUCCUUAGCUGUAUCUGUCGUAAAAUGUUUAUUUUCCAUCUUUUGUUUUACGCAGGACUUUAUUUUCUACCAAAUAGCAAAGACUGAAUGUUGUCUGACUCGUGGCGGCUCCACCCUGAGGUGUAUAUUUCCAUUUGUGAGACCUUUUGAAUUCUGUGGUAGAGAAAUGUGGAGAAACACUGAAGUACAGUAUGUUUGCAGCGUGAGGUUAACCACAGGUCAAACUGUGUUUUUUUGUUUGUUUUUGUUUUUUUGUCACACCGUCUGCGAUAAUAGGAACUAUUCUAACAAGUAUACACACAGUUUAUACUUGACAUCUGCUUCUACAGCUGUAAAGGACUUCUGUUACACACACACACAGACACACACACACACACGAGAGAACAACCUCAUACCUGUAGGGAGCGAGUCUCCCAGCUGUCCUUUGUGUUUGAGCCUGGGCUGCGUCUCAACACUGUUACCACGCGCCCUUCCUCUCCUCCCUGCACAGCCACUGAUGGGAUCAGUGAUUGUUUUUACGGAACAGGAGGGAUGUGAACAGUUUUGGAAUCGGGCCCCUCGAGGCCCCCGGAGCCAACGUGGACUUCUUCCCCCGAGGAGGCCGCAGAAACAAAUGGCUCCGGGCAUCGCAGACAAGCUGUGCACAGUUGACUUCUAUCAUGAUUUUAAUUUUCUUAUUUUGACUUUUGAGUUUUAGAAAAAAUAAAGGACAAAAAAAUACAAAAAACACUUGUGAGAUGAGUUACCCUCUACUUAGCAUGACUUUGAAAACCUUUAAAACGACAGGAGAAAAAAAGAAGUAAAAAUGAUAAUUGAAAAAAAAAAAAAAUACCUAUGUACUGGAAACAUGUUAAAGAAGAAAUAUUGUAUUCUGUUUAAUUUUGACAGACUUAUUUUUAUUAAAAAUACACCCAUAAGCAUA